AUUGUGUGAGCCAGUCUCGCCCGUUUUUAUUUUCUCCCCAAAUUAAUUUUGUUACAUUCUCAGUCUAGGAGUCGUAUACUGUCCCUAAAUCCGCAAAAAGAAGGUCGACAUCGAGAUCUCUUUGUCGACCGGGGUAUAGCCGUGUGUAACAUUGAACCGGGGUUCUGGUGUUAUUCCUUUGUAAAUACUGUUAUUUGUAUAUACUGUAAAUGAUGACGUCCAUGGGCGGGAGCCGAGCCCGGGGCAGCUGGGAGCAGACACAGGGCCAGACACAGACACAGCACAAGCAGAGGCCUCAGGCAACCGCGGAGCAGAUCCGACUUGCCCAAAUGAUUUCAGACCACAAUGAUGCAGAUUUUGAAGAAAAGGUUAAACAGCUGAUUGACAUCACAGGCAAGGACCAGGAUGAGUCGAUGAUCGCUCUGCAUGAUUGCAAUGGGGACGUGAACAGAGCCAUUAAUGUCUUGUUAGAGGGUAGCCCAGACACUGACUCCUGGGAAAUGGUGGGUAAGAAGAAAGGGGUGUCGGGUCAGAAGGAGAUCAGCCAGGCAGAAGCCGGAGAGGAAGGAAAAGAGAACAGAGACAAGGGAGGAGAGAAAGAUGCAGCACGUCGUCGAGGUGCUGCUCAGCGUAAAGGGCGUGGAGCCAGCAGGGGACGCGAAUUUCGCGGUCAGGAGAAUGGCUUGGAUGGAGCCAAAGCUGGAAUAGCUGGAAGAGGGGCUGAGCGAGGCCGACGGGGCAGAGGCAGAGGACGGGGAGCUGUAGGAGCAGCUGGGCGGCGAGGAGGCAGAUUUUCAGCGCAGGGCAUGGGCCAGAUUGAUAAGGGGUCCAGAUAUGAUAUUGCAGGAGAUGAGAGAACAUUCAACCCUGCUGACUAUGCAGAGCCUGCCCAGACAGACGAGAACUAUGGAGGAGGCAGCACCUGGAACAACACAGGAAGCAUUGAGUUGGAGGAGGGACCAAGAUUGGAAUACUCUGGAGGAGAGGGAACAAAUUACCCACCCAAGUUUGACUCUGCUCCUGGUGCCUGGAGGUCUGCCCAAGAAGAGUGGGGCACUGAGGACUGGAAUGAGGAUCUGUCAGAGACCAAGAUAUUCACGGCCUCCAGUGUUGCAUCAAUGCCUCUGCCUCAAGAGAGCGUUACAAUCACCAAAGGACAGAGGAUUGACCUUGCAGUGCUAUUGGGAAAGACUCCACCUUCUUCUUCUUCAGAGACAGAAAACCCCCCCAUGGAGGGCACCCAGCCUCCUUCUCUGUCCCAGUCACUGGUUUUUAGCAACUCUAAGCAAGGGGUCCCACUAUCCCAGACUCCCUCCAGCACUCCCUACGCCCCGCACAGCAUGGGUGGCAUGCUAGGCAAGGGAUUUGGUGAUGUUGGAGACAGUAAAGGAGCAAGCACGGGGACUACUGGCUCCCAGUUCCUGGAGCAGUAUAAGACAGCACAGGCACUGGCCCAGCUGGCGGCCCAGCACUCCCAGACCGGCCCUACCAACACGGCUCCUCCAACCUGGGACACCAGUGCUGCGUCACUUGGACAAUAUGAUAUGAAGAGUCAGCCAGAGUCUGGGAUCCAUACGCCCUUUACAAAGCGGCAGCCCUACCAGGCUGCCACUUCCACCUCGUCCAUGUUGGACGUUUUCCUGCAGGAUAAAGGGCUGCCUACAUCCUCCCCUGUCUCCUCUUCUUCCUUGACGCAACAAACAACAUCCUCCCCCCAUGUGGGGCCGUCACCUGCGUCCUCCCUUGCAAAAAUGGCAGGAGUUCCUUCUCUUGGUCAGCAAGUCUCCCCAAGUUCCUCCGAUGCCCAGGGUUCAAGUCCACUUCCAUUGCAGCAACACAAACUCAAACAGCAGAAGAAGAGGGCAUCCAUUACAACGAAGAUUCCAGCUAUGGCAGUUGAGAUGCCUGGAUCGACAGACAUCUCUGGCCUCAAUCUUCAGUUUGGAGCGCUGCAGUUUGGUUCAGAGCCCGUUCUACAGGAGUACGAGUCGACCCCGGCCACGACAACACCGGGCAACCAGGUCCAGAACAGUCUCUACACGAGCCCAAGCAGUGACCCGACUCCAGCUCUCUCCAACUCCAGCCAGAUGGACAUGUAUGAUCAGAGAGCGUCUAAGACGAGGCGUUACCCUCCUUCAGUGUCCUCUUCUCCUCAGAAGGAUAUUCAGACCAAAAAUGGCUUCAAUUCAAUGCAAUCAACCCAACCUGGAGAAGUUGCAGCAGGGUCUGUGGUGUCCAUCAAGCCAGCUUCUGAUUCAGUCCCGCCAGCAUCCAUCUCCAGUAUGGGCGCGUUGGCAGACAGCGGCUCCGGCCCGUCCUCCUUGUUGACUGCAACCAACCAAACAUCUCUUACUGUUCUUGGGCACAACGAAGACCUGCCGCCAAGCACCAUCCCUCCUCCACAGCACAACUCUCAUACAUCACAACAGAACAGCCUUGCUCCAUCUUCAGUCCGAACAUCGAACUCGAGUCUGAUGCAUCCCGGCGUAGAUGGUGACUCGAACCUGCACUCCUCUUUCCCUUCGUCUGUGUCGGCUGUGCCAUCUUCAUCGGUCCCCUCCUCCUCCUCUGCGGCGGCUGCACAGGUGUCACUAGGUACUCCUCAGGCCUCAUCGGUGGGCCCUGCCACAGUUUCGGCCCCGUCUGGUCUAGGCCCCGUUAACAGUCUGGCCAUGGGCCUUAACGCUGCCUCCAUGGGCCCUCCAGCAGCAGCCCCUUCCACUGUUUCAGUCUCUACAAUAUCUUCAACCAUUCCUUCUUCAGCAAGUUCUUCUUCCACACGCAGCUCUGCAGCAUCCUCAGGGAAAGCACCUCCGAACCUGCCACCUGGAGUGCCCCCUCUACUGCCCAACCCGUACAUCAUGGCCCCUGGACUACUGCACGCCUACCCGCCUCAGGUGUACGGCUACGACGACUUACAGGUCCUGCAGACAAGAAUACCACUGGAUUACUAUAGUAUCCCCUUUGCAACUCCCACAACAGCAUUGACUGGAAGAGAGGGAAGUCUGACCAGUAACCCUUACUCUGGCGACUUAUCAAAGUUUGGUCGAGGCGACGCAUCAUCUCCAGCUCCAGCCACCACAUUAGCUCAGACCCAACAGAAUCAGACCCAGACGCAUCACACCACACAACAGCCCUUCCUCAACCCGGCGCUGCCCCCCGGCUACAGCUACACCAGCCUACCCUAUUACACUGGCAUGCCCGGCCUGCCCAACACCUUCCAGUACGGACCCGCUGUGUUUCCGGUGGCUCCUACCUCGUCAAAACAGCACGGCGUGAAUGUCGGCGUGAACGCAUCAGCCACGCCCUUUCAGCAGGCUAGCGGCUACGGUUCCCAUGGAUACAGCACUGGCUAUGAGGAUGUGGGCCAGGCUUCAGGGAGUGGGGAUUUCUGUAAGGGCGGAUACGGCACUGCCGUGGCCGCUGCUGCUUCUGCACAAAACAAGCCAGCCAGCUCUGUCACCGGGCCUGGAGUCGGAGUGUCUGUGACGUCAAGCAACACGGGGGUACCAGAUAUUUCAGGGUCUGUUUACACAAAAACGCAGUCAUUUGAGAAGCAGGGUUUCCACGCUGGGACCCCAGCGGCUUCAUUCAGCCUGCCGUCAGCAUUGGGGAGUGGAGGGCCCAUCAACCCUCCAGCAGCUGCUGGCUACGCUCCAGCCCCCUUCAUGCACAUCCUGGCCCCACACCAACAACCCCACUCUCAGAUCCUGCACCACCACCUGCAGCAAGACAGCCAGAGCGGCACUGGACAGCGUAGCCAGAAUGCAUCUAUUCAACAGAAGUCUCAGAUCAACAAGUCUGCAUACAACAGCUAUAACUGGGGAGCAAACUAACAUCGACUGAGCGGGAACCUUCCAUGGUGUUGACAAGCCGAGAGGGACUCUCAGCACUCUUUCUGCAAAUGGUCUCCACAUAUAAACUCCCCAUUCCACUUACAGAGAUUUCCCUCCCCAGUUUCUUGGCCCAGCACUCCCGCAGUCCUGACCGUGGUCAGAGGAGGUGCUGUGCCGAGAGAACAAGCACUGAUGACAUGCAUGGAUGGCUGGAAGGGACAAGAGGGGCUUAGAAGAAACGGGGAGAUAGGAGCUAAAUGGUUAUAGAAAUAAAUUGAGAAAUUAAAUAUUGAGUGUUGAGGAAUUUGUAAUAUGAUAUCCCCGCCCCAAACCCCCUUUUUCUUUGACUUGUAUGUAACAUAGAACUAUUUUCUAAAAGAAAACAUUUCCUCAAUGUUUUUUUUUUCUUUUGGUUCUCACUUUAUUUCUUUCUGAAGUGGAAGAAUGAAGUAAAAUCUGAAGGUGGGGGGGACAGGCUGGUUUUUGUAUUUCUCACCCUCAACCCGCUUUCUAAUUUAACCUUGGUGGAAACUGUUCCCUCCCACACAAUAUAUCCAAAAACAAUUUGCUGUUGAAUGUUGUUUUUUUUCUUUUUUUCUUUCUUUUUUUUUUUUUUAUAUAUUUUAAGUUUGAAGAAAUGAUUCUCUAAACUGGUAGAGUUGUGAAGUUUAUUUUUUACCAAAUAUAGAUAUAUAUAAAGACAUAUAAACAAGCUCACUGGCUUGGACUGCGAGGAAAGUGUGUCAUGUGACUGUGUGUAUGUUUGUACACAUGGGGCCGUGGUUGUGUACUGUGCUUUGUUUUUUGCGUAGCACAGGAUUUUUUUCAGUAUCCAGCGCUUUUACAGUUACCGUUCCCAGGAAUCAAAAAUUCGUUGUGUGAGAUGCCACCUAUUUUGAAAAACAGAAGUUUUUUUUCCAAGGCCAACACACACCCAGUCUGCCUUCCAGUGUGUUUUUAUUUUGUUCAUGUCCCCCCCACCCUUUCCUCCAACACCACCUGUCUCCCGACAUGUAAGGAAAUCUGCACCAUUCAGUACUGAUGGACAGAAUUGUACUUUUUUUUUCCUUUUUUUUUUGUCAGUGAUUUUUCUUUUUUGUACUGUGCAUUUAAAAAAAAAAGAAAUUUAAAUGGAUAGUCUUGUACAUACAUAAACACAAGUACUGUAGUCCGUU